CUCGGAGACGUGCGCGUCUGCUGGGCCUCGGGUCCAGGUGGCUGCGGCGGCCCUCGGCGCUCGCGGGCCAUGUCGUGGCUCUUCGGCAUCAAGGGCCCCAAGGGCGAAGGCGCGGGGCCGCCGCUGUCCCUGCCGCCCGCGCAGCCCGGGGCCGAGGGCGGCGGGGAUCGCGGCGCGGGGGACCGGCCAGCGCCCAAGGACAAAUGGAGCAAUUUUGACCCGACGGGCCUUGAGCGCGCGGCAAAGGCGGCGCGCGAGCUGGAGCACUCGCGACACGCCAAGGAGGCGCUGAGUCUCGCGCAGAUGCAGGAGCAGACUCUGCAGCUGGAGCAGCAGUCCAAGCUCAAAGAAUACGAGGCCGCUGUGGAGCAGCUGAAGAGCGAGCAGAUCCGCGUGCAGGCUGAGGAACGGAGGAAGACUCUGAGCGAGGAGACACGGCAGCACCAGGCUAGGGCCCAGUACCAGGACAAGCUGGCCAGGCAGCGCUACGAGGACCAGCUGAGGCAGCAGCAACUUCUCAAUGAGGAGAACUUACGGAAGCAGGAGGAGUCUGUGCAGAAGCAGGAGGCCAUGCGGCGAGCCACCGUGGAGCGGGAGAUGGAGCUGCGGCACAAGAACGAGAUGCUGCGGGUGGAGGCUGAGGCACGUGCCCGGGCCAAGGCCGAGCGUGAGAACGCGGACAUCAUCCGCGAGCAGAUCCGCCUGAAGGCUGCCGAGCACCGCCAGACCAUCCUGGAGUCCAUCAGGACAGCUGGCACCCUGUUUGGCGAAGGAUUCCGUGCCUUUGUUACAGACUGGGACAAAGUGACAGCCACGGUGGCCGGACUGACACUGUUGGCCAUCGGGGUCUAUUCCGCCAAGAACGCCACGUCCGUCGCAGGGCGGUACGUCGAGGCCCGGCUGGGGAAACCGUCCCUGGUGAGGGAGACCUCUCGCAUCACGGUGCUGGAGGCGCUGCGGCACCCGCUGCAGGUCAGCAGGCGGCUCCUCAGUAAGCCUCAGGACGCAUUGGAGGGCGUUGUCCUCAGCCCCAGCCUGGAGGCACGUGUGCGGGACAUUGCCAUUGCGACGAGGAACACCAAGAAGAACAGGAGCCUGUACAGGAACAUUCUGAUGUAUGGGCCUCCUGGGACCGGCAAGACGCUGUUUGCCAAGAAACUCGCACUGCACUCGGGCAUGGACUACGCCAUCAUGACGGGUGGGGAUGUGGCCCCCAUGGGGCGAGACGGUGUGACUGCUGUGCACAAGGUCUUCGACUGGGCCAGCACCAGCCGGCGAGGCCUGCUGCUCUUCGUGGACGAAGCGGACGCCUUCCUCAGGAAGCGAGCGACUGAGAAGAUAAGCGAGGACCUCAGGGCCACCCUGAACGCGUUCCUGCACCGGACAGGCCAGCACAGCAGCAAGUUCAUGCUGGUCCUGGCCAGCAACCAGCCCGAGCAGUUUGACUGGGCCAUCAAUGACCGCAUCGACGAGAUGGUCAGCUUCGACCUGCCACGGCUGGAGGAGCGGGAGCGCCUGGUGAGAAUGUAUUUUGACAAGUAUGUUCUUAAACCAGCCACAGAAGGAAAGCAGCGCUUGAAGCUGGCGCAGUUUGAUUAUGGGAAGAAGUGCUCAGAGAUCGCACAACUGACGGAGGGCAUGUCGGGCCGGGAGAUCUCCCAGCUUGCUGUGGCGUGGCAGCCGCUGAUGGACACUUGGGCUGCUUCCACCUUUUGGCAGAGUGUGAACAAUGCUGCUGUGAGCAUGAGUGUGCAAACAUCUCUUCCAGACCCUGCUUUCAGUUCCUCAUGGCUUGCUAAGCAGUUCGUAGGUCCAUGCCCAGGAUCCGAACCUGCAAACCCCGGGCCACCGAAGCAGAGCGCGAGAACUUAACCACUACACCAUCGAGCUGGCCCCUUGCCUUUUUUUAAAAUAAACUUUUAAAUAUUUUUGAGUAAUUUGAGGUUCCCAGAAAAUUUGCAGGGAUAGCACAGGGCGCUCUCGUGUGCCUCUUGCCCCCUUGCCCUGUUGUGAAUGUCUCAUCACGAGGCACAUUUGCACAUCACUACUGCCUCCCCCUUGGACUCCAUCUCACCCCAGGACCCCAUCCAGGAUUCCCCAUUACAUUCAGUUGUCAGGUCUCCCCAGGCUCCUCUGGGCUGUGACAGUUCCUCACAUGUCCCUAGUUUAUGAUGAUCUUGGCAAUUUUGAGGAGGGCUGGUCAGGUGUUACGUAGAAGGUCCCUCUGGGUUUGUCUGAUGUUUUUCUCAUGAUUAGACUGGGAUUGUGGGUUUCAGGAGAACCCAGAGGUGAGGUGCCCUUCUGGUCACAUCAUAUCAGGGGUACCUGACAUCCACAUGACAUCAGAGAGACCUUGGCCUGGAUCACCUGCUUAUGGUGGUGGCCGCCAGGUCUCUCCACGGCAAAGUCACUGUUUUCCCCUUUUCCUCAUGUAUUUGGAAGUGCAUCACUAAGGCCAGCCCCUUGGGUGAACGUGUCAGCUUCGGUGCUCUGAGAUUCCAGAAGGAGCAGCUGCACUCCCUCUACCUGCCCCUUUCCGCGAGGAAAGCUCAGACCCUGACCCACGCGAGCCCCAAGGCCAGAGCGCUCCCCGUAGGUCUCUUCCCUUCUGUCCUCUCCUACUGUUCAGAGCCCGUGUGCUCUGAAGAGGCGGCAGGGGCAGCCCCUCUCUCCACAGCUUUGCCUUGGCACUGAGGACGGCCAUGUCCUGAGGACAGGGCCAGCCUGUGUGAGCAGAGCAACUGAUCAUUUUAGAUGGUGGGAACUUGCUCACGAUGCCCCACAUGGGCCAAAGCCGCUCAGGUCGCUGGAGGGAGAGAGCUGGACUGGCUCAGGCCCCCCUGAGCUUGGUGGACACCGAGUGCUGUCCUCACACUGGCCGUGUGUCACACCUCCGGCAGAGUGACAGGCUAGGUGACAGGAAGCAGGUGGGGCACUGUGUCAUCUGGGAGGGGGGGCGGCCUGGCCACAGGUGACCUGCCUGGUAGUUGAGGUGAUGUGGACAAUACAGGGGCCCGAGUAGCAAAACUUAGGUGCCUGCACCCAUGCCUGCCAAAGUUUGGAGUGGGAUUCCUGGGCAGUGGCCUGGCUUUCAGCAGCCCACGGUUCUGGGAGGACUGUUUGCAGACAGUGGGGGCCCUGUGAGAGGUAGGUCCUGGUGGAUGACAGCUACUAAGUGUUCGGGGGCAGUUUGACCUGGUGAGGCCACUCUGACUCAGUCGGAAUUGUUGGCGCUCCUGGGGAGCUCUCUGCCCGGAUCCUUGCCGUCCCCUUGGUGUCAGAAUGGACCUGCCCCCGAAUGGCCUAUGGUGGUUCUGCUCUCUGCCCUGGCUCUGAGGGCAGCUCUGCUGUCCAUGAAGGAGGGGCCCUCCAGGUCAGGGCGUGGGGUGGGGGGCUGCUUCCUGACAGCUGGCCUCAGGCUUUCUGCUUGUAGCAAGUCGUUGAGAAACUCAGUGGGCGAGAAGGCAGCCUGAUGGCAGCCGGGACGCAGGCAGGGCCGUGGGCGUUACCGGGACGGCAGCCACCUAGGCUGCGGAUUCGCCUGUGACUACACGUGUGUGGGCACACUUACAUGCACGGGGGGUGAGGAGUGUGCUGUGGGCAUGUCAGAAAGGCCAGUAUCCUCUUGAGGCUGAGUGCAGGCCCAGGGGGAGGGUGCUGGCCAGCCAUCUCUCUGGUGGACUCAGCAUCCCAGGCUUUGUAUUCUACCUUCCCCCGCCCCGCAGGAGGCCUUCCAGUUGUGGAGGGCAUCUCCAAGAGACGGGCUCACCGGUGGGGGCCAAGUGGCAGCAAGGGUGGGUCUGGCCCUGUCCUGCAGGAUAGACAGUUCCUGGUGACUUGUGGGCCCUGAAAGCCUGAGGCCGGGAGACCCUUGCCUCGUGCAGGCAGCCUCUCUGGUGCCCUCCCUCAGCGCUCUUUCCC